CCGCCUGGCCAAUCAGAACCAAUUCUCGUUUGUGCAAUCUCGCGGGACUUUGUGAGAGCUGGAUUCAAACAGCGGCGGUUUGACAAACAACCGAUCAGUGAGAAGAUGGGAGCCGAAGAAGAGAUCGAGCGUCUGAGGAGCCGGCUGAGGGAGAAAGAGGAGCAGCUCCAUCAGGCUGCUCAGGCUGGCCUGACUCUCCUCAACCAGCAGAUAGAACUGCAGAGCAGACUGGACGAACAGAGAGUGGAGAUGACCAACGAGCGUGAGGCCCUCGAGCAGAACAAGUACUCCCUGCAGAAGGAAGUGGAGCUGAAGAGUCGGAUGCUGGAGUCUCUGCAGUCAGAUUACGACUGUGUGAGGAACCAGCAGAGACAGCAGCUGGAGGAGCGACAGGAGCAGCUGGAGAGGAGCCACAGCGCAGCUCUGAAUGAGCUCAACAACAAGAUGCUGAGGCUGCAGUCGGCUCUGGAGGAAUCGCAGCUGAGUGAGAAACAGCUGAAACACAAACUGGAGGUUCAGACCGAGACUCUAAAUAACAAGAUGGAGGAGCUGCGAGCUCUGAACGAGCACACGCAGAGCUCCAUGACGUCUGAGAUGAUGGAGGUGCAGAUGAAGAUCAUGGAUCUGGAGACCGUUAAGGUGGAGUUGGAGCAGACGCUGCAGGAGUGUCAGUACAGGGAGCAGCAGCUGGAGCUGACCAACAGCAGCCUGCAGAGACAGCUGGAGCGCAUCACGGAGGAGAAAGAGGAGAGAGAGAAAGAGGCUGUUUCCUGCUUUAAUUCUUUAGAGAAAUCUCGUGAGACCAACAGGGACCUCCAGAUCCAGUUGGACCAGCUUCUACAGCAGGCGCAGGAUCCCAACAGCAAAGGAAACUCCCUGUUUGCUGAGUUGGAGGAUAAGCGAGCCGACAUGGAGAGACAUCUGAUCAGUAUGAAGGUCCAGUAUCAGUCUCUGCAGAAACAAUACGCCUUCAGCAAGCAGCAGCUGCAGCGCAUGAAGGUCCAGAUCGCCACUCUGAUGCAGCUGCAGGGCUCCCGAGCCGACCCGGCUCAGCUGGAGAGACUCCAGUCAAUGCUGUCGGAGAAAAACGGAGAGAUCCAAAAUAUGAUGACUAAACUGCAGAGACUGGAGAAGGUGGAGAUGAAUUUGAAGUCUCAGCCAGCUAAUCCAGCUCCAGCAGAAAGCGCUGACGGCCAAGAUGAAACGUACUACACCGACCUGCUCAAAAUGAAGCUCAACAACACAGUGAAGGAUGCAGAGCGUCUUGGGGAUGAACUCUCCCUGCAGAGGAUGAAAUCUUUGUCAGAGAGUCAGAGAGCUUUGGAGCUGGAGAGGAAACUCUAUUCAUCUGAGCGUCUGCUCAAACAGACUCAGAGCGACAAGAUCAAACUGCAGCUGCGAGUAGAGGAGCUGCAACACAAAUAUGAACCUAAAGACUCAAAGAAGAACCUGAUCCAAAAGAGAAAGAAAGAGAAGCUUCCUGUUGAUGUCACUUUGUGCUCUGAGGAAACAACGCUCGAUAAAGUCGAGCAGAUUGUUGCUGCGGAGGUGGAGGUCACAAACACGAAGACUGCAGAUUCUGAAGUGGACUCUUCUUCUACAGCUGAGGCUCUGAGCUCCAAACAAGAUGUGAACACCGGAGUCUCCCACGCUGAGCCGCGGCCUGCAAAGUGUGUGAAGAUCAGCGGAGAUGAGCCUGUUGUGAUCCCCAACCCCAGCUCUCCUGUGACUGAGGAGAACCAGCAGCAGAACAAGAGAGAGGAGAGAAGAAAGAAACCGAGAACAGUGGAGAUGAUCCAUGUGGGCUCAAACAGCACCAUGGAGAACCAGUGUGCUCAGCAGUAAGACCACAGACUGUAUCAGGAGACUUUGAUUUACAGUCUAUGAGAAGGCCUGGGACUCAUCUGAACAUUGAGCUGUCACACACAUGUGGAUGUACAAUAUAUAUAUAUAAAUGUAUAUUUGUGUUUGCAUGCUGCUAAAAUAUCUGAAGUGUUUUGAAAAUAGUUUGUAUCGUUAUCAUUAAAAUAUAUCAAUUUUUACCAUGUAACUGUUGUUUUGUUCCGCUGUUUAAUCCACAUUAUUAACCCUUAAAUAUGCAGAUAUGAAACCUAUAA